GUCUAUGUCAAUGUCUUUGUUCAUGCCAGCGUCAACUUUGCCUCUUCCUACGUCAAAGCCCUCAUUUUCCUCUGCCUAGAGAAAGUUAUCAGCAUGGCGUGGGGGCGGAGUCUUCUCCUAUUCAUGGUGGCCGUCUGUUUCCAUGGUAACGCCGCACAGAGGAGCGUGUGCACUCAAGAAGCGGUGGCCGACCUGGUCUUCAUGGUGGACGCUUCGUGGAGCAUCGGCGCCGAGAACUUUGAGCAGAUCCGGCAGUUUUUGUACACCCUGGUGAACAGCUUCGACGUGGGCCCCGAGCGGGUUCGCGUGGCUCUAGUGCAGUACAGCACGACGCCAAGAACCGAAUUCCUUCUCAACACCUUCCAGGAAAAGUCAAACAUCCUUCAGUACAUCAGCACGCUUCCCUACAUGGGCGGCGGAACCCAAACGGGUCAAGGCUUGGACUUCAUGCUCGGUCAUCAUUUCGUGGAACAAGCCGGAAGCAGGGAGAGCCAGAAGGUGCCCCAGAUCGCCGUGGUCAUCACGGACGGGAAAUCCCAAGAUGACGUGAAGUCUCACGCCCUGGAGCUAAAGAAGAAAGGGAUCGUCCUGUACGCCAUCGGGAUCAAAGACGCCGACGAAAAUCAGCUCAGGGAGAUUGCCAGCGAACCGCACGCUCAGCACGUUUAUAGCGUGUCUGACUUUGCCGCGCUGCAGGGAAUUUCUCAGCGUAUCGCCCAAACUUUGUGCACCACCGUGGAGGAGGUCAAACGACAACUUAUGGAGUUGUUGCCAGAAUGCGCCAAGGCAACCAUAGCCGACGUGGUCUUCGUGGUGGACGGUUCCACCAGCAUCGGCGACGCUGACUUCCAGGAGGUCCGAGAGUUCCUCAGAGCCAUGGUGUCCGGGUUUGACAUCGGGCCCGAUAAAGUCCGCGUGGGUUUAGCGCAAUACAGCGACCGGCCUUUUCAAGAAUUCCUGCUAAAAGAUCACAUGGACAAGGCGUCUCUACUAGCCCAAUUGGAAAAGAUCCCCUACCGAACGGGGAACACGUACACGGGAAAGGCCCUGGACUUCGUGCGGACGCGCUUCUUCAACGAAAGCGGCGGUAGCCGAAUAAGCCAGAAGGUGCCUCAGAUCGCCGUGGUGUUGACGGACGGCGAGUCGACCGACGAAGUGCUGGAGCCCGCUCGCCGGCUGAGGCGGCACGGGGUCAUCGUCUUCGCGGUGGGAGUGGGAGAAGCGCACACGCUGGAGCUGACCAGCAUCGCCAACCGACCGGCGCAAAACUUUCUCUUCCUCAUCGACAACUAUCGAGCUCUUCAGAGACUGACUACGCGUCUGCUGCAGACCAUGUGCACCUCAAUUGAUAACCAGAAGCAAGCCUUGGCCAAAAGAUUUUCGGACAUCUUCUUCCUGGUGGACAGCGGCUUGACUCCAAACGAGUUCAAACAAGCCCGUAACGCCAUGUUCCGAGUGACCGACCUCAUAAACAUCGGCACGUCGGAGCACCGCGUGGGCCUGGCUCAGUACGGUCGAGACACCAAAGUAGAGUUCAAUCUGGACGCUCACGGGACCAAAGACGAAACGGUCGCCGCCCUACGCCGUUUCCGCCUGCGUCGUCCGCAGAGUCCCGAAGCGUCCGACCUGGACGCGGCGUUGGAGUACGCCCGCUCGAACUUCUUCACCGCCCGGGCGGGAAGCCGAGCGGACGUGGGUGUCAAGCAAUUCCUGAUUAUUGUGAGCGGGAAAAUUUCAGACGACCAAGUGGACAAGCAGUUCCGCUUGCUCAAGGCGCAAGGAAUCAACGUGGUGGCCCUCCACACGGGAGCGCCGACUCGGAUACCGGAUGUAGGCGCCUAUCCGGGCGUUUCGGCCGCACCCGGGGCUCCCGUCGGUCCCGCCGGUCCUGCCGGUCCACCGAGCAACGUUCCAGGUCUAACGGAUACUUUUGAAGCCCAGGGCCUUCCGGAAGAUCCUACUGGAGAAUGUAAAGGAGCCAAAUUUGCCGACUUGGUUUUUGUCAUCGACGAGUCCGGCAGCAUCGGCAACUCCAACUUCCAGCUAGUCCGCUCCUUCCUGCACUCCAUCGUGAGCGGUCUGGACGUGUCGCCGACCAAAGUGCAAGUGGGCAUAGUCAUGUACAGCAAGCAAGCCAGAGCACAGUUUUUCCUCAACACCUUCGACGACAAGCGCGAGAUGCUCGAUUACAUCAAAAUGAUGCCUUACAGUGGCGGCGGCACGAACACGGGCGCGGCCCUCAAUUUCACGCGGGAGCAAGUGUUCACCAAAGAAAAAGGCUGCAGGAAGCACAAGGAAGUCCAGCAGGUGGCGGUGGUGAUCACCGACGGGAAAUCCCAAGACGACGUCGGCCCCGCCGCUUUGGAGCUGCGUCGGGCGGGCAUCAAAAUCUACGCCAUCGGCGUCAAAGAUGCCAAUCUUCAGCAACUGGAGCAGAUGGCGUCUUACCCGCCUAGCAAGCACAUUUUCAUGGUGGACAGUUUCACCAAACUCCAGACGUUGGAGAAGGAGCUACAAGGCGUCGUUUGCCACAAUAUCCUACGUGAAGCGAUCAGUGACAAAGUAAUCAAAGAUACCAUCAGAGAAGGAUGCAAGCAAACGGAUGAAGCGGACAUCUUCUUCUUGAUCGACCACUCUGGAAGCAUCUUUCCCCGCGACUUUUACGACAUGAAGAAGUUUAUCCUGGAGUUCGUCAGCACUUUCCGCAUCGGGCCUAAACACGUCCGAAUGGGAGUGGCUAAAUACGCUGAUAAUCCCAAUCUGGAAUUCGAUUUGACGGCCCACACGGACGCCAAAAGUCUGGAGAAGGCGGUGGACGCAAUCUUGCAGGUGGGAGGCGGGACGGAAACGGGAAAAGCGCUAGAGUUCAUGAUACCGCAGUUCGACCGGGCUGCCAGGACCCGAGGUGGGAAGGUGGCGGAAUAUCUGGUGGUGGUCACCGACGGGGAAUCCAUGGAUGAGGUCAAGACGCCCGCCGAGAAGCUACGAGCGCAGGGCGUGGUCAUCUACGCGAUCGGAGUGAAGGACGCCAACGUGCAGGAACUCAAUGACAUUUCUGGUGACAAGAAGAGGACGUUUUUUGUCAAUAAUUUCGACGCUCUGAUCCCCAUCAAAAACAACAUCGUCACUGACAUCUGUAGGAAGGAAGUUUGCAAAGACGUCCCCGGAGAUGUCCUGUUCCUGAUCGACAGCUCCGGAAGCAUCAAUCAAGCCGACUACGGGAAGAUGAAAGACUUUAUGAAAUCCGUGAUCGGAAAGUCCAACAUCGGACGGGACGACGUCCGCGUGGGCGUCAUGCAGUACAGCACCAUCCAGAAGAUGGUCUUCCCCCUGGACCGCCACUUCAACAAAGACGAAAUGUUGCGAGCCGUCGACGGCAUGCGGCAGAUCGGAGGAGGAACGCACACGGGCGAAGCCAUCGGCCAAUUGACGCCGUACUUCGACCAGUCUCAAGGGGGGCGUCCCUACGUGGGGCAGAUGAUGGUGGUGAUCACCGACGGAGAAUCCCAAGAUAUCGUCAAAGACACCUCUCUUGCUCUGAGGCUUAAGGGCGUGAAGGUCUACGCCAUCGGCGUGGUUGAUGCCAACACCACCCAGUUGCUGGAGAUCUGCGGAUCGCCAGAACGCGUCUACACCGAGAAGAACUUUGAUGGUCUGAAGGACUUGGAGAACCAGUUGGCUCUUGAGAUCUGCGAUCCAAACAGAGAUUGCAAGCAGACCGAGCAGGCGGACAUCAUCUUCCUGGUGGACGGCUCCACUAGCGUGGAAGGCAAUUUCACAAGCAUGCAGAAGUUCAUGUCUUCCAUGGUCUCCCUGACCACCGUCGGCAAAACCCUGACUCAGUUCGGAGUCAUAUUGUACUCGGAUGACGCCAAAUCCAUUUUCACGCUCAACAAGUACGAGUCCAAGCGCGAUGUUCUUAAAGCUAUAUCCGCCAUCAAGCACCCGUACGGAGACACCCACACGGGAAAGGCCUUGAAGUACUCCGCGUCCUUCUUCGACGCCCGCAACGGCGGUCGGGCGGCGCUAAAGGUCCCUCAGAUUCUGAUGGUGAUCACAGACGGCGAAGCCACAGAUCCCGGCGAUCUGGAAGAAUCGUCCAACAUCCUGCGGCAAAAAGGCGUCACCGUCUUCAGCAUCGGGGUGAUGGGAGCCAAGAGGAACGAGCUGGAGAUCAUGGCCGGUCACGAUUUAAAGCGAGUCUUCUACGUGGACGAUUUUAAUGCGCUGGAAACUUUACACAAGAACCUGACCGGCCUUCUCUGCAACACUACGAAACGAAUCUGCAAGAAGCGUAUAGCCGACCUGGUCUUCCUGGUGGAUGAGUCGAGUAGCAUCGGCACCCGAGAAUACGACAUCAUGAAGAACUUCACCACUCAAGUGGUGAGCAGCUUCAACAUUAGCGCCGAUUUAGUUCGCGUGGGAGCGGCGCAGUUCGACGACGGCUUCGAGGACGAGUUCCACCUCAACCGCUACGUGACCGAGGACGCCGUGAACAAUCACAUCAUGGGCAUGAAGCAGCGCCAGGGCAACACGCAUAUUGGCGCCGCCUUGGCCAGGAUCAAAGCCUACUUUGAGGAGGCCAACGGUUCUCGCAGGUCUGCCGGAAUCUCUCAAAAUCUGGUGUUGAUCACGGACGGCGAGUCCCAAGACGAGGUGCAGCCCCACCCGGCGGUCCUCAGGGCGAUGGGGGUGGAGAUUUUCGUCAUCCGCAUCGGUAAUUUCCGCGAAACUCAGCUCCUGGAUAUCGCCGGCAACCACAGCAGGUACUUCACGGUGGAUAGCUUUGACAGUUUGAAGGACAUCAAGCAAAAGGUGGUCGAUACCAUCUGCGAUUCCACAGCUGAAACAAAAGACUGCACCAUCGACAUCGCCAUGGGCUUCGACGUCUCUCAGAGAAGCGGCCGUUCCGGCGAGACGUUGGGAAGCGUUCAGAACAAACUCAGGACUUUCUUGCCCGAGAUCGUCCAUUACGUCUCCACCGUUCCCCAGUUGUGCUGCACCACCACCGGGCCCAUCCAAACCAAAAUCGGCUACAGUAUCGUGGGCCAGGACGACUUCAAAUUUAAUCCUUUCGACGCCACCGACGAUGUCGUGGGCAAGGUCCUGACUACCAGAUUGAACGUUCCCACCAGGCUGGACAGCGCCAUGCUCAGGUCAUUCGGGGAGAAGUUUCAGAAAGACUCCAACGCCGGAGUCAAGGUUCUCAUCAUCUUCUCGGACGGACUGGACGACGACCCGAUCAAACUGGAGUCCGAAUCGGACCGCCUGCGUUCGUCUGGGGUAAACAUGCUGCUUGUGGUUGGCCUGGAGGGGGCGACCGACCUGGGUGAGCUGCAGGAUUUGGAGUUCGGACGAGGGUUUGGCUACAAAACUCCGCUUAGCAUCGGCAUGCAAAGCGUUGGCAGCAACAUCUUCAAGCAGAUUGACUCGGUGGCCAACCGAGUGUGCUGCAACGUGAUGUGCAAGUGUACGGGCCACGAAGGCAUACGUGGAUCUCGGGGUUCUCUGGGCUCAAAGGGGGCUUCAGGGCAACGAGGCUACCCCGGAUUCCCGGGAGAGGAGGGCGUUCCUGGCGAUCGUGGCCGUCCCGGUUCAGGUGGACCUCAAGGAAUUCAAGGCUGUCCCGGGAGCCGAGGAUCAAAGGGCUCCCGAGGACUGCGAGGCGACCGGGGCGAGGACGGAGAACUCGGACUGGACGGCGUCAAUGGAGAACAGGGCGUGGCGGGACUAAACGGCAGUCGGGGAGAGCAAGGACAUCAGGGAAAUCCGGGCAUCCCUGGCCUCCGAGGGGAGGUGGGGCUUAAAGGACAGCGAGGCCUGAGAGGAGAUCCGGGAGAAAGUGGGCGGGACAACGUCCAGCCGGGACCCAAAGGAGACGUUGGGAAUGCCGGCCGGCCGGGAGAAGCGGGACAAGACGGUCGACCGGGAGAAGGUGGCACCCCCGGGAAUGCCGGUCCCGACGGAAGACGAGGACCACCCGGAGUGAAGGGUUCUACGGGAGCAUCAGGAGAUCCCGGCCUAUCAGGGACUCCCGGCGCUUCGGGUCCUCAGGGUCUCCGUGGGAACACUGGUAUACCCGGACCCAGGGGCAUCCAAGGACUCCCGGGGCCGCAGGGAGGACCGGGAGCCCCGGGCGGUGCGGGCGCGGGGGGACGACGUGGAGGUCACGGUCAGAAGGGACAACCGGGAGAUCCAGGCGUGCGAGGUGUGAAGGGAACCACUGGCCCACGGGGGGCGCCGGGUCAGGACGGCAGGGACGGAUACGGGCCGGCCGGACCUAAAGGCAUGAAGGGCGAUCCAGGCUUUCCUGGUUAUCCCGGUAUAGCGGGCGAAAGCGGCGCUGUCGGGCCGAAAGGAAUGCCGGGACGCAAAGGCAACCGAGGUCGCGGGGGUAAUUCGGGUAAUACUGGAGACCCUGGUCAACCCGGAGAGCCUGGGUAUGAGGGACACAAGGGCCUACGUGGCCCCCCCGGAGCAAGAGGCAUGACUGAGUGCGAUCUGGUCAAUUUCAUCCGAGACAACUGUGCGUGCUCCAUGGACCUCGGUUCUUGCCCCGCCCUCCCCACCGAGAUGGUGGUGGCGCUAGACAUGUCCCAGGACGUCACGCCGGCGGCCUUCGAGCGCCAGCGGUCGGCGCUCCUGAGCCUCCUGGAGGACCUGAACAUCGCCGAGAGCAACUGCCCCACGGGGGCCCGCGUGUCCUUGGUGGCGUACAACAUCCACACCAAGUACCUGGUCCGUUUCCACGAGUACCGGCGCCGCUCGCAGCUGCUGGAGGCGGUGCGCAACCUGGCCCUGGAGCGCAACGACAACCGUCGCCACCUGGGCGCCGCCAUGCGCUUCGUGGCGCGCAACGUGUUCAAGCGCGUCCGCUCGGGCGCCAUGAUGCGCAAGGUGGCCGUCUUCUUCUCCGCCGGCCCCACGGAAGACGCGGAAGACGUGGUGACGGCCGUCAUGGAGUACCGCGCGCUGGACGUGGAUCCCGCCGUUAUCUCCCUCAGGAACGCCCCCGCCAUCAGUCGCGCCAUGGAGCUGGAUGACACCAAAAACUCUGUCUUUACCGUUCUGGGAAGGGACCCCGCCGCUGACUUGAGGAAGGUGAAGAACUGCGUCAUCUGUUACGACCCGUGCCGGCGCCCUCUGGAGUGCGCCUUCAUCCAGAAUCUUGCGGUGCCCCAGCAAGUGGAGGCCGACCUGGUGAUGGUGGUGGACGGUUCCCGCGAGAUGCAGGCCGACAACUUCGCCGGCGCCCAGGAGCUCCUCAGCUCUGUGACCGAGCAGGUGGCGCUCAGCCCUCAGCCGGCCCGCGCCGACAAACUGGCCCGCGUGGCGUUGGUCCAGCAGAGCGCCGCCCGCGGCGCCCAGCUAGAGUUCGGCCUGAGCGUCUACGGAGACAGGCGGCGGGUGACCUCGCACCUGCUGCGCGACAUGCGGCAGGCGGGCGGUUCUACCGGGCUGGGGCGCGCCUUAGGACUAGCCCUUCGAGAGGUUACCGAGGCCCCCCACGGCCGCAGGAAGAAGGCGCUGCUGGCCGUGGUGGGCACCCGGACCCCAGCCGGGGAACUGGCCGAGCUGCGGGCCGUCGCCCGGCGUGCCAAAUGCAAGGGGUUGGCGCUCUUCGUAGUGACGGUGGGCGACCGCUAUGACCGGCGUCAGGUGGAGGAGGUGGCCAGUGAGCCGGUGCAGCAGCAUCUGCUGCACUUGGGACGACUUCGGCUGCAGGAACGAGAAUAUGCUCGCAGGUUCUUCAGGGUCUUCCUGACCGCGCUCGACAAGGGCAUCAACUCAUACCCACCGCCAUCCAUGAAAGAUAUCUGCCGGCAAGUGGAUCAAAAUCAAGGGCAAAUCCUCACUGCUCCUGAGGCGGACUAUGAUUCGGUUGCCGACCAGGCGCAAGAGGAGCAGCCGCAGGAGCAGUCGGGACAGACGGAUAUUAUUCCCGCGAUCAACCCACAAGACGAAACGGACGACGACGCGCCGAUGCCGCAGCCGACCGCCGCCGACUCGGCAGACCCCUGCUUCCUGGACGAAGACACGGGCAACUGCCAGCAGUACGUCAUGAUGUGGUUCUACGACAGCCGGCGACGGAGUUGCCAGCGCUUCUGGUACGGCGGUUGCGGCGGCAACGCCAACCGCUUCGCCACCGUGGAGGCCUGCCAAGACGCCUGCGUCGCUCGGGCGCCCUGAAGGGGGCGUCGUUGCACCCUGUGACUCUUUGAAAACUUGAAACUUUUUAUUUGGGUGCGCAUGUCACACAUGCAAGAUUCAUUCAGUUUUUACCUGCGCUAAAAUUUGCAUUCCAGUUGUCCAGAUGUAUAACACUGCCCCCUGGUGGUUCGACUCAUUGGCUUCCAUUGAUGGCGAUAGAUGUCCAAGCCAUUUGUCAUGUUUGUCAAGCUGGAAAUGCUCCAAAAUUGACAGGAAGUGGCAUGAAAUAAACAGAAAGUGACCCCAGAAAUGCCCGAAAUAAACAGCAAGUGACUCAAAAAUAAGAGGAAAAGACCUGGAAAUUCCUCAAAAUCAACAGCAAAAUGAAUUUAACAACAAGUGACCCAUAAAUGCCACAAAAUCAACAAUAAACCGACCCAGAAAUGCCAUGAAUUGAACAGGAGGUGACCCAAAAACAAGAAAAAUGACCCUGAAAUGCUCUAAAUUCCGCAAGUGACCUGAAAUCAAUAAAGUGACCCUGAAAUGCCUCAAAAUGAGCAGCAAGUGAAAUAAAUAGGAAGUGACCCGUAAAUGCCAGAAAAUCAACAAUAAACCCUAAGUCAAAAGGACGUGACGCAGAAUUCAUCCAAAAUCAACAAGAAGGGACCCGGAAAUGCCCUGAAACGAACAGGAAGUCACCCAAGAUCAACAAUUGACUUAAAAUCAAGAGGAAGUAAAUCAAAACAUGUCAAAAUACACAUCAAACGACCCAAAUUAAAUAGAAAGUGACCCAUUAAUGCACCCCAAAUCCACAAAUAACCUGUAAUAAAAGGAAGUGAGCCAAAAUCAACAAGAAGUGACCCAAAAUAAAAAAAUAAGUGAUGCAUAACUUGACAGAAAGUGGCCAGUAAACACCUCGAAAAUCAACAGGUCACCCGAAAUCAAAAAGAAGAGACCCCAAAAUGACCCAAACUCAGCAGCAAUUGGCCCCAAAAUACCUGAAAAUUGACCAAAAGUGGCCUGUAACCUCCCCAAAAUCAACAGGUGACCAGAAAUCACAAGGCAGUGACCCAAAAUGGACUAAAAUAUAACCCAACAAUCUCCCCAAAUCAACAGGAAGUGACCCAAAAUGAACAAAAAGUGACCUAAAAACACCCCUAAAUCCAAGAGGAAGUGACCCAGAAAUGCCUCAAAAUCAACUGGUGACCUGAAAUCAAAAGGGACUUUGAAAUGCCCCGAAAUAAACAGGAAGUGACCUGAAAAAUGCACCGAAAUGACGGUGGUGACCCAAAAUGAACAAAUUCAUGAUUGAAAAAAAAGUGCCCUAAAUAUAUCCCUAACUCCAACAACAAGCGACCCAGAAAUGCCCAAAAAUGAACAGGAAGUGACACGAAAACAACAAACAAUGACUCAAAAGUGUCCCAAAAUUAACAAGUGAUCUGAGCUCAACAAGUGAGUUGAAGUGAGUGACUCAAAUUGAAUAGAAAGUGACCCAAAAAUACCCCCAAAUUGACCCCCCCCAAAAAAACUGACCUGUAAAUGCCGCAAAAUCAACAGGUGACCUGAGAUCAAAAGAAAUGAACCACAAAAAAAAAAAGUGACCCACAAAUACUUCUAAAUAUGAAUUUCCCAAGAUCAAAUAAGAAGGGGCCCGAAAUCAACAGGAAUUUGACCCUGAAAUCAGUCAAAAUCAAAAGAAAGCGACCUAAAAAAAAUACCCCUAAAUCCAACAGUCAGUCCAAAUUCAGUCACAAAACAAUUUAUGUAAAAAAAACAUCAGGCACAAAAAUUCAGUCGGGGAAAAAAAAAAAAGUUGUAAAAAUUCAGUCGCAAAAAAUUCAGGCACAAAAUUUCUGCAAAAAAAUCAGUGACAAUAAUUUGGUUGACCAAAAAUUCAAUGGGGGAAAAAAAAAAAAUCAGUCAUGAAUAUUCAGUUGCAAAAAUUCAGUUACAAAACAACUGAAUCAGUGUGCAAACAGAAAAUCAGGCACAAAAAUUCAGUCCCAAAAAUCUUGAGUGCAAAAUAAAAAUUCAGUCAAAAAAAAAAUAAUGCAAAUAAUUCAGUCGCAAAAAGAUUAAGUUACAAAAAUCAGAUUACAAAAUACUUCAAAUGUAAAAAAUGUCACCAAAAAAACAGUCCAAGAAAACGCGCCAAAAAUCUAUCUGCAAACAAUUCAGUCAGAAAAAAAAAUUGAGUUGCAAAAGAAUUAGUCGCUAAAAAUGCAGUCCCAAAAAUUCCGCCCCCCCAAAUAAAAUUUGGACGAGCAAAAAUUCAGUGGCAAUAAAAAAAAGACAGUCUUAAAGAUUCAGUCCCCAAAAAUCUGGUAGCGAAAAUUCAGUCACAAAAACAUUUUAUGUAAAAAAACAUCAGGCACAAAAAUUCAGUCGGAGGAAAAAAAAAAAAACAGUUGUAAAAAUUCAGUCGCAAAAAAUUCAGGCACAAAAUUUUUGCAAAAAAAUCAGUGACAAUAAUUUGGUAGACCAAAACUUCAAUGGCAAAAAAAAAAAAAAUCAGUCAUGAAGAUUCAGUUGCAAAAAUUCAGUUACAAAACAACUGAAUCAGUGUCCAAAUCAGGCACAAAAAUUCAGUCCCAAAAAUCUCAAGUGCAAACUAAAAAUUCAGUCACAAAAAAAAAAAAAAAUGCAAAUAAUUCAGUCACAAAAAGAUUAAGUUACAAAAAUAAAAUUACAAAAUACUUCAAAUAUAAAGAAAUGUCACCAAAGAAAAAAAAAAAACAGCCCAAGAAAACUCACCAAAAAUCUAUCUGCAAAUAAUUCAGUCAGAAAAAAAAAUUGAGUUGCAAAGAAAUUAGUCGCUAAAAAUUCCGCUCCCCCC